AACACCGCUUAAGUGAAGCUGUAUUCUUACCCGCAUUGCACUGGCUUUGUACUCUAUUACAAGCACACUGAUACUCACAUUAUUCAUGUGUUAGUUCCACCACAAUGUCGAGCACGAGCAUUGAGCCGUCCUCGACGACGUCGGAUGACCCAUUCUUCACCGAUAACCCAGCAGCAACGACGACGUCUGGUGGUGGGGGUGGCGGAGGGUUUGCUUCCCAGUCUACGCCUUUGUAUCUAUUUACAUUCCUUGCAACAUUGUUUGUUCUCUUAUUCGUAUCAUGCGCCAUUGUCAUGAGGUCGUUCUUCCUUCGGAGACGGAUGCGGCAGCGCAUUGAUGAGGCUAUAGCUGCGGGCGUGCUGUUGCCUCCUCAGACUGGUCCUGGGUCGAGGCGAAGAGAUUUCGGGGAGAAGCCAAAAUUGUGGGACGCUUCACUAAGCACGCCGAGUGACGAGGAUUGGGAGUCAACUACGCCUGUGUCUGUCAAACUCAUCACUUCUGACUCAUCCUCUAUACCCACGUCUCCCUCUCCGCCUGAAUCGUCAAUAUUGAGAAGGCUCAACCCAUUUGCUCAUCUGAAAUCAUGGCGACGACCCCGUUCAGACGCGCCGUCGAGUCCCCCUGAUCCAACGACACUACCACUUUCACAGAGCCAUCCUGGACUCGACGAAUCGAUUGCUCAUGCCUCUGAUGUGGAGGUUUCUCUAUUCGUCGCUAUGCCCAACCCAAACAAGCCCACCUACGAUCCGUAUAGGGAACAUGACUCGGACUUCGGAUCGAGGAAGGGCAAGCAACGGAGUUCGAUGUCGUCAGACUCGUAUUGGGAUGAACAUGAGGAAGGAGUGCCAGACGUUGUGUUGGGCGUAUGCCAUGUGCCGAUGAAAGGUGGAAGUGACGGACUCAGACAAUAAUGUCUCCCCUUGUUUCGCAUCUACUUAUCCUCAUCCUUUGUAGCAGUAGUUCUUCACUUUGGCAUCAUCACUUUCUAUCUCUUAGCAGACUAUUGUAUAACACCCCCUAUUGCAUUCUUGCAUCAACUUGUCCCAUCAUCAU